AUGUUUUUACUUUACUACGUUCUUCCUUUUAUUUUUCUCCAAAAGUCAAUUUUUGGCACACUCAUCAUAACAUUCGGAACACCUUACGAUGUUAAUUGGUGUUAUCAAUAUGAUAAUGAAGAUUGGAAUUCAUGUCUAGAUCUUUGCGAAGAAAAUGAUGAUUGUAUUAUGACUUAUAUGUCAUCUGAAAUCUGUUACAGUUGUGAAAUUGGCCAAGUUUAUUCAGUGAUUACAAAUGAUACUAAUAAAUUUGCUUUCAAAUCUGAAAAUCUCGAUUUUUGCUACGCCAAAAUUUUAGACAAGUAUAAUGCUUCAAAUUAUACCAUCGAAUUUGAUGGAACAUAUUGGGUGUUCAAUUAUUUCGAUGGUGUCACUAAACAAUGCGAUGAUGGUUGGGUUUUGUCGAAUCGCAAUGAUGGUAUUCAAUGGUGCAUUUCGAUGGUGGAGGGAGAUUUUCAAGGUGACACAAAAGGAGAAGACAUUUGUGAAGAUUAUGAUGCGAUUUUGAGUGGAAUCAACAAUGCCUUUGAGCAACAAUAUCUAUUGAGUGGGUCAAUUUAUUUUUUGAAAUAAGUAAAUUAUAUUUGGAAGUUUCAGGACAUGGCUGGGAAAUAGCUUCGAAGCUUGGUAAAUGUAUCACAACACUUAUUGACGGGUACAUGAAUGACAGAUGUUUCUGUUCGGUUAAAACCGACGUGUGCAAACUACCCGAGGUAAAAUUAAAAUUCUUUUUCUAUAUACAUACGUGUGCUCAUAAUACAGAGUUAUGUGGAAUACGAUAAUUAUUCAAUCAAUCCUAUAAUCUAUGAUUGGUACAAGAACAACCCUGAUAUUAAUGAAGACAGUGAACGCUGUCUUGGAGUUUAUAGUCAGAAAGGAAAUUCGACCGUCGACGGAAAAGUUAACACAUUACCUUGUGAUACAGAACCUUUUCACGUUGCUUACUGUGGAAAACUUGCAACUUGA